AUGUCGUCAUCAACAAUCAAUAACAUUAUAUACGGAAAAAGUGCAUUCGAAUACACGGUGCCGAACGUAUCCACAAUAACACAAUCAGUGUUCACACCGCCGAUAGCGACUGCUUCUGAUAUAUUUUGGGAAUUGGAAUUCAUACCGUCAUAUGAACACGAUCCCGACCACUGCGCAUUGUUUCUUUCGGCGAUACCUAAUCCGGAAGAAGCUAAAACGUUGGAUUGGCCAAUGCGCAGUAUAAUAUCGACGGUGGUUUUUAUUAAAGAUCCGGAAACUAAUCGGGAGAUCGAGCGGCGAGAUAUUGAUCAUUAUUUUUCGCCAAAAGCGCCAAGUUGGGGUUUUUUUCAUUUCUUCAAAAGGUCAGAAAUUCCAGAACAUGACACACUAACAAUCGGUAUAGAAUUUCAACAAUCGGAAAUGCCGACCUUCAGUUGCGAACAACCAUUUCCAAGUAGACGAAUGCCCGAAGACUUGAUAGAUGCAUGGAUUGAACAAGUGGACAACCCAGAAACAUCGGAUAUCAGAUUUAAUCUAAACGGUCACUUUAUCUAUGCGAAUAGUGCGAUCCUUUCCAAGAGAUCAAAGUAUUUCGCCGGUAUGCUCGAAGGCGAGUGGUCUCGCCAACGGCCCGGAAGUCGAGCAUCAAUGCGAAGCGAGCAUUCUCUACGGUAUUAUGAUCAGGCUCCAUCAAAGUACAAGUACACGGUAGACGUGAUGGAAUUUCAUCAUGAAACUUUUUUGGAGAUGCUGCGGUUUUUAUAUACGGACCAGAUAACAUUCGAUGAUGAUAAAGAAUGUCAUCGUACGGCGUUGGAUAUAUUUUCUAUCGCAGAUAAAUAUUUCAUUGGGGACUUAAGAAAACGUGCCAAAAUGGAAAUCUUUGAGAAUUUGCGUUUAGACAAUGUAGCCGAGGUACUCUUCGGUGAAGCAUGCAAAUGGGGCGACCUAAAGGAAGAUGUUCUAAAAUAUUUUGUAGAGAAUUUCGCACAAGUCAAAGAGACCGAGGAAUUUAAGAGCAUAUUAUUGAAUCCUCGCGAGUACCCGAGGUUUAGUGAGGUUUGGUUAGAAAUUAUGCAGCUGGUACCGGCUCAAGUAAAAGAAUGA